UACAGUGACUUCCAGAUGUAUACAAACCAAACUGGAACAUUUUAUACUGGAAUUAUCUUGUCCAAUUAGGCCUAGCAAUGCCUGUACCUCCCAAACUUCUGUAAAGAAAACACCACCUCCUUUUGUAGACCUCAUACGCACCUGCCUAGGAUGCAACCAUGGCUUCCUGUCUCUGCGGUACCGCACCAUGCCUUCUCUGUGGCUGUUGCCCAUCAACGAAAAACUCUACUAUCACCCGACUGACCUUCUCAUUCUUUCUACUGCUUGGAACUCUUGUGGCUUGCAUCAUGAUAAUACCAGGAGUGGAAGCUGGGCUUAAAAAGGUUCCGUUAUUAUGCACCUCUUCUACAAGCAUAUCUGGCUCCUUACACUGUGAUGUCAUGGUGGGACACCAGGCUGUGUACCGCAUGUGCUUUGCUCUGGCUGCAUUUUUCUUUCUUUUUGUCAUUUUAAUGAUCUGUGUGAAGAGCAGUUGGGACCCAAGAGCAGCAGUGCAGAAUGGGUUUUGGUUUUUUAAGUUCUUGAUAUUAGUUGGCAUAACAGUCGGAGCAUUCUAUAUUCCUAGUGGAACAUUCACCAUAGUGUGGUAUUACUUUGGCAUGGUUGGUGGUUUCCUAUUCAUUUUGAUCCAGCUCAUUCUCAUCAUUGACCUUGCUCAUGCAUGGAGUCAGUCUUGGUUGCAGCAUGCAGAGAAUGGGAACAGCAAGUGCUGGUAUGGAGCACUUGUUAUAUGCACAGUCCUGCUCUAUGCUGCUUCCAUCACAGCCAUUGUGUUCUUGUAUAUCUAUUACACCAGCUCAAGUGAAUGUGUCCACAACAAAGUCUUCAUCAGUCUUAAUUUAAUUUUUUGUGUGAUCAUUUCUAUCAUUUCCAUUCUGCCAAAGGUCCAGGAGGCUCAACCCCAUUCUGGAUUGCUGCAAGCAUCCGUUAUUACAUUGUAUACAGUGUUUGUCACCUGGUCUGCUAUGGCCAAUGUUCCAAACAAAAAUUGUAAUCCGACAUUACUUGCCAUUGCCUCAAACACCACCACUGCUUCUUCCUCUUCUGUUCCUGCCCAGUGGUGGGAUGCCCCCAGCAUUGUGGGUUUAGCUAUCUACAUCAUCUGUACGUUGUUCAUAAGCCUUCGCUCCUCCAAUAACCAACAGGUAAACAAGCUGAUGCUGACAGAGGACAGCUCUGGAGAUACAAGUGGCCCCAUUGUGGAAAGCGGAGGAGAAAACCGAGCAUAUGAUAACGAAGAAGACUCUGUCUCCUACAGUUACAGUUUCUUCCAUUUUUGUCUUGUGAUUGCUUCUCUCUACAUCAUGAUGACACUAACCAACUGGUAUUUACCUGGCGACAAUGGAAGUUAUUUGACCAGCCCUUGGUCAGCUGUUUGGGUGAAGAUCUCUUCUAGCUGGGCAGGACUCCUACUCUAUGUUUGGACAUUGGUUGCUCCGGUUAUCCUCUCUGACCGGGACUUUGGCUAAAUUGGAUGUUCUUAAACUGUCUUGUGACUUUCCCAACACCGCCAUAAUUUUUUUAACCAGUGCCUGCUUGCCAUAAAGAAAUAGGGCCUAGUUAAAUGUCCUUUUAUAUUGUAGGUAAACAUGUGCUAGAAUAUCCUACAACAAUGUAUAUAUAUAUCAUGUUAUGUAGUGCCAUGCACCAAAUGUUUCCCAGUUCAACAGCUAGUGCCAGUUUGUCACAUAAAGGUCAUUUGCGGCAUUGAUUAAAAAGUCUGUAUGACAUUUCCUAAGGUCCUUUUAAAUAAUUUAUUGUGAAAACUACAUACAGUUAUAACAUAGUGAAAUACAAGCUGUCUACUCUUUGUGAUUGUGCUUGGAUUGUAAAUAGAAUUAUCAAAUGAAGGGCUCAUAAUACAUGCACAUGGCAGAUUGUACAUCCUCAGUGCCUUAUGUCCCCAGAGCUCAUUUAGACAAGCAAGUUAGGGGACAUUCCAGGAGAAGCCCAAGUGUGACCCAGGGCACAACACCUGAGCACUGUGCAAAAUGCAAGAGGGUGCUUUGCUCUUUGUAAUUUGCCCCACUUUAUAAACAAGGCUGCAAGAAUCUCUGUUUAUUGGAAACAUAAAAAAAUAUUCAUGCUGCAAUAUUAUGAGAUUAUUUGUAUUCAAAGUACAUAAUAUUUUUACAAAUCCUCUUUUCUCUAAUCAUUUUCUUAUUCCAGGCAUGAAAUUGCACUUUUUUUAGGAAGGUAAACAAAUCCACAGUCUCUCUUUUAAGCUAUUACAUGAGUAUUAUAUGUUCUUACUUAUCUAGAAUAUUAAUACUUUGUGUGCCUUAUUAACCUACAGCAGACUGGAGCACUCUACUCUUGUACACUAUUUUUUAUACUAUUUUAUUGAUUGUUGCAUUAUAAAUAAACCAGUUUACAAAUAG